AUGUCUACAGUUGCUACUGCCACUGCGUAUUUUGAAGAACAAUUAUCAGAGCAACAAAUACGUCAAAGAGUACCAAACGUGCCAGAAAAGAAAAUGAUCCCAUUAUUUAAUAAACGAAAAACAUCAUCACGAAGUUUUUAUUCAAUACGAAAUCUUCUAUUUAUUUUAAUUUUUAUAACAUUUAUAUUUAUAUUAUAUUCAUCGUUAUCCUUAUCACCAUUACUUCGUUUUCUUGAUCCAUAUUCAUAUGUCUUAGUAUUAGAUGCUGGUUCUACGGGUACACGUAUACAUGUUUAUAAAUUUCGAUCAACAAUUGAUAAUGAGAAUGGUGAUACAUUUGUUUUAAAGAAUGAAAUAUUUGAAGAACGUAAACCCGGUUUAUCAUCAUUUGCUGAUCGAGUUUUUCAAGCGGAAGAACAAAUCGAUGAAUUAUUACAAAUAGCUGAUAAAGAAGUUAGUCGUUUUAAACAUCGAAGUACACCAUUAGUUUUACGUGCUACAGCUGGUUUAAGAUUAAUAAGUGAAACAAAACAAAAACUUUUAUUAGAAAGUGUUUCAAAUACUUUUAAAAAAUAUGGAUUUUAUAGACCAAAAAUGGAUAUUGCUAUUAUGAAUGAAACUGAAGAAGGAAUUGAUGCUUGGCUUACUCUUGUCUAUCUUAAAGGUGAACAAUUUUAUGGAAGUCGUAUAGCUGCACUCGAUUUAGGUGGUGGUUCAACUCAAAUAACUUAUAAUCCAGCUUUAUCAAAUACAAGUUUAGCUGAAAAAUUAAAUUUAUUAUUAAAAGUUCAACAACCAAUUGAACCUGAACAAAUCAAUGCAUUUCGUGAUCCAUCAAAUAAAAAUAAAAAACAAAUGCCAAAAAUCGAUGUUGAUCAAGCUGGUUUAGAAGAAAUUAAACCAGUUAAACAUAUUAAACAACAAGAUAUGUCGAAUAAUGAAAAAAAUUUAACUGAAGAAGAAAUUGUUAUGUCACAUAUGCAUCAAUUUCGAAUGUUUCGUCGUGAUAUAAAACUUUAUUCACGUUCAUACUUAGGUUAUGGUUUAAUGAUUGCACGUCAAACAAUAUUUAUUAAUGAAACAAAUAAUAAACAAUUAGUUGAUUCACAUCAGUUACAUAGUCGAUGUUUUGUAAAUGGUAUUACAGGAAAAUUUAAAUUUCAAGAUAUUACUUGGACUGUUCAAGCUCAUGAAGAUAUAAAUUCUGAUGAACGUUUUUAUUCAUGCAUGUCAACAAUUGAUCAUUAUGUUAGUUUAAAUGUUCAACCAGCUGUUGGUCUUGAUCAAAUGUCAAUCUAUGUAUUUUCAUAUUUUUAUGAUAUUGCAAAUGAUGCUGGUCUUUUAUCAACUGAUGAUGAUCCAUCAUCAGUAAAAACAAUGCCAAUUCGAGUAUUGAAACAAACAGCGAAAAAUAUCUGUCGUGGAUCUACAACAGCAUCAGAAGAGCAUCCAUUUUUAUGUUUUGAUCUAACAUAUAUUUAUUCAUUAUUAACAAGAGGUUAUGGAUUAUCAGAAGAUGUUGAAAUUCAUAUUUGUAAAAAAAUUCAACAAUUUGAAGUUGCAUGGUCACUUGGUUUAGCAUUAAAAUUGUUAUAA